CUAUUGGCUGGUUUGCUGGCUUUUGGGCAUUAAAAUGCUAUACAUUUACAGAGGGGUGGGGCAGGUAUGAAGUGUUGUCUCAGGUAAGAAAGUUCAGAUUUCCUUGAAGGUACAGGGUGGCAUGAUAUCCAUACAAACUUCUGUUUCUCAUCUAUACUACGAGGGGGUUCUUAUCAGUGAAGAAUAAGAGUUGCUGGUGUUUAUUGUCAAGUUAACACUACUGUACUACUUCUAUGGAAAAGGUGGAACUAAAUGUUGGUAUACAGUGCACGUUUUUAAUAUAGACAUCGAAGCAGAAAAGAAUAUUUGUGGAGUUGAUUUUAUGGCUUGUCAUAUUCUGGAAAUAAGUCUCUUUGCAGUCUGUGACUUGCAGAAUACAGUGGAUGUUGAGUGUCUUUUUCUGUGCUUGCUGUCUCACUCUCUGCCUGGUGAAGGCAUCACAAAAGGCAGUCAUCAGAACUGAAAACAGUGUAGAGAUCUCGUGUGAUAUUGUUACUUGACAAGGAUCAAAGAAUGAGCAUUUCAGAUGUUUUUAUUGAAUCUAGCAGUGACGUUCCUUGGGCAUCCUGUGAUGCAAAACAUCGUUUCUUGUCUGUUGAUGAACAGCUAACAAAUUCGUAUUCUGGGGAAUGCUGGGAUACAUCUCCAAUACCUGUGUUAACGAAAUCUCACUUGAGGGCUUCACUGCGACUGCAGGAUCCAUUCAGGCGCCAUAGCUGGGAACCAGGAAAACAUAUGCAGGAUGAUGCAGAUUAUGACCAAAGAAGUGUAAGUUUAGAGGGCCUGGAUCCAGAUGAGAUUGAGAAAACAUAUGGGGUGAAAACAUCCAUUUGUAAACAAGACCCUCGCAGAGCACCGAUUCAUAGCACAGCUGAUUUAGAGUCUCUCCUUUUACUGGAAGAAGAUCUACAGCUUGUCGAUGAUCCUAGAGUAUUUUUGCAAAAAGGGUAUUUGUCCCAGAUGCACCAUGCCAAACGACUGCAGGCCUACAGUGCCUCGGAGCCUUCUAUCUGUGCAUUUGUUCAAAAGUCUGAUACAGGAAGACUCAGAAUUCAAGACCCAGAUGAAAUCUCACUGUGGUCCCUGAAAACAGGCUUAGCAGACAGUCAAAGCUUACUAAAUGUUGGAAGUUCUGAAGACCUGGAGUGGGAAGACAAGAAAGAAAGUGCCCUGGAACGCACUCUGAGUUUUUUCAAAAAAAAGAUGGCUGGAAAAUCUAAGUUCUGUGUCCCAGAUGUAGUUGCAUGAUGCAAGUGCUUGGACCCUCAAGUGAUGACACAUUCCUGGAAGAUGAACAUACUACUGCAUUGCAACUGAACCAAAGAAGGCGAAUAUCAGAGAUGUCAACAGUCAAAGCAGAGCAAAGUAAUAGUCACUGCAAAUACCCUUAAUAUUGGAGAGAUGCAUACCACAAAUAAAAAUCAUCCUUAUGUGGGUCACAUCAGGAGCAUCUUGUGAGGGCCAUGGGCUUCAUUUGGCCUACAUACCAGGACAUUGAGACCUCUGACUUUCAUGAGUGCAGAAACAGAUCAAGAGUUCACGGGUGAAGUUGUUAUUAAUACCUGUGUGUUCAGUUACAGUACCUAUUGAGCUAUAUACUGAUUGUACAUGAUGAGAAAAGGCAUACAUUUCAGCUGGUUUCCAUAAGUGGUGCACAGAUGUAUGCAACGGAAAUGUUUGACAUUAAUCUCACAUUAAAUUAACUUGUAUGAUAGUAGCUUUAUAUCACCAGAGAUGUAACAGGUUUUAAACUCUAAAUAAAUGCAUUGCUCCUUCACACACAGACACAAACACACAUACAUGUAAAACAAAUAUACAGGCCUACACUCACAAACAUACAUUCACGUAUGCUCACAUGCACGCAAACACAAGUGCACACACACCAUUUUAUGUAUAGUCACACAUUUUCUGGGAUGCCCUGAUAAAUGGGUGCCUAUAGAUGUCUUGCACAGAUGGUACAUGGACUUCCCCUAUCCUAAGUCAAUCAAAUGUUAGUGCAUGCAGCUUUUUGACUGCAUUUAUGUGAAAGUUUGUUGGCCUUUGUUGAUGUUCUAUAGUUUUUGUGGUAGAAUUUCAGAUAAAUUGCAUUACAGAUUGCAUACUGAGCUGCAGGCUCUUGAAAUUCAAAUGUAUUGCAUAAAUUAAACCUUGUAGGAAUUUAGUGCAACCAUUUCACAUUAUAAUGGCAUUUCUGCUGCAAGUAAAGUUGUGGUUGACUCAGUGUGACAAGAAUAUAUUUUCCAUAUUGUUAGAUUUGGGAAUAAGUAUUAACAAAGAAGUAUGUUUUUCCUUUCUGGGACAUUUCUCAUGGUUCAAGUGUACAGUAAGUGGGGGCUGAUUUGGUCACACAUUUAUUAAACUAUAUAUACCUUACUUGGAGUAUAUUUUUGGGUCCCUACCAACUUACUGAAUAGCAGCAUACUGAAGGUCGUAAUACUGAAUGUACAAUAUUGAAAUGUCAAAACACUAAAAUGUUGAAAUCAAAUUAUCUACUCCCCUACGUGUGUUGAGAGUUGGUGUAGCCCCCCACCCCCACCCCGAGGACCCACUUUAGUUCUCAUUUCUGAGUUUCACUACCAAGAGAGUGAUUGAUAUUGCUUGAUGGGCUAUGUGCCGAUGCAUACAUAAAACAUGUAUGUUAUUAAGCUAUCACUAAAUAUUGUGAGUUCAACAUUCUGACAUUUCAGAGUUGUACAUUCAGUAUUAUGACUUUCAGUAUACCACUAUCCAUUAAAUUGUCAGGCACUGUAUUUCUACACAUAGCCCCCCCACCAGAUAUUUUUAGAUCUAUGACUGAGUUUUUACCUACCAUACUGCUUAUCUGGUGGUGUGAUGUCUAAUAAUUAUAUAAAUUCGCUGAACAUCUGAAGUUAGCAUGGUCUGACUUGAAGGUUAAAAUUACUUCCAGUUAUAAGAAAAUGCCCUUUUUUCUUACCAGUGUUGGCUUAUCAAUCCAACCACAGGGUAUGCUGUGAUUAUAGUACAUAGCUGGGGUACAUAAGGAGGGGUGUGGAGCAUACAAGACAUCAAAGUAACACAAAAAUUAGGCUCUAUGAACAAAAAACAGAAUGAAUCAAAUGAGAAGAACACUUUGCUGGCAGCUACAAAUUACAGGGCAAAGUUAAACUGCUGUAUUUUAAGUGAAAGUAAAGUAUAAGAGUUUUUUAUGUUUUAAUAAGAGUUCCAUCAACAUUACAUAAUGUACUAAUAUGAUGUUUGAAGGUUGACAUGUACAUUAAAGUUGUAUUUCUAGCAGUGCUUUACCUGCUUGGCUGUCUGGCAUAGAGGGAUAACGUUUUUGUUUUCUCUUACAGUAUUUUGCCUGAUUACUUAUAUCUGCAAUGUUCUAAUAUUCAUAUAUAGUUAGAUAUUUGUAUGUUUGUUAUUUUCUUGUCUUUAACACACUUUGGAGCAGAUCAUGGCUGGAAAAGGUCAGCCAACAAGUUCACUCAUCCAGUUAGCAAAUGUAUAAAAAAACUGACACAAACAAAUUUGAUUUUCUAAAAGCUUAAUCUUUUUUUUUUUUUUUUUUUUUUUUUGGAAAAACACCAGCAGUGUUCCUCAGACCUUAGUGCUGGGCCCCCUCCUCUUUGGCAUUUCCUUCUCUAAUAUGGAAGUGUAAGUCAUAUGGCUAUGUUAUAUGACUAACAAAGUUUGCUGAUUACAACAAACUGGAUGAUUUUGUAAAGUCCCCCACAGCAUCAGCUAUACAAGAUCAGUGCAUGGUGUAACAACCAUGGACCUAGACUUGAUGUCAGAAAGGUGUACUACAGUUGUGUUUGGAAAAAGUGCUCCCCCUAGUUCCUACCAUACAGUGCACACCCCAACCCUUAAAAGUGAGGGAGAUUGUAGAUCUGGGCACUUUCUUUAAUAAUGAACUAUCCUUCAACCAGCAUGUACCAAUCGUAUUUCGAAACUCAUUCUAUGUAGUGCAAUUAAUCUCCAAGGGUAGAGACACCCGAAUCAGGGAUGUCCGGCUUCCUCUUUAUACAGUCCUCAUUAUACGCAUCAUUGAAUACAAUGCAGCUUCAACAUGUACCUCUCCAAGCACCUUACCCAGCUUGAAAGACCUAUAGAGUCCUAACGAAGAAAGUUGCCAGACAGACUAGAAGCUGUCUCAUAUGGCUCCUGUGUGGGGAUCUCUUCUUAGCUUUACUGAAUCUCCUUCACCUCCAUAAAACUAAUGGCACCACAAAUUCUUUAGUCUCCAUACCACAUAAAAAGGACUUGCUAGUAUAAUAGAUAGUUAACAUAAUAAAUUACUUACAAGUGAGACAGACUUCCCCAACAGAUUAAACAACACAGCACCUUAGCUCCUUUUAAAUCCAGACUUGAUGAUUUUAUGGGUAUUCGCAAAUUCAUCCUCUUGAGUAUGUUGUAAAGCUGUCUUUGAUCGGGGAGCUAAUAUACUUUUUCCCACUGGCUAGACUUCUCAGUAGUAAAUCAGCUCCAAGUCUAGUGAUUCUGUAAACCUGUGUGUAUGUUAUGCUGCCAAGACGAAAUAGCAGUGUAGCUUAGUAGUUGAGCAUUAUUUAAUUCCCACAAAGAGCUCUGUAAACAUUUGGACAAGAUAUGUUUUGAGCACAAUAGUGUUUGGUAUUUCUUACCUUCUGGGUUAUCAUGCACAUAAUUCUAGGGCUGUAACAGUGGGGCAUGCUAUAUAAACUCUUUGGAUAUUAUCUGAAUGAACCAGUGGCCUGAGCUCCAAAUGGUUUUCGCAUACUUCACUUGCACAGACCAGUUUAAGCCAAAAUGAACCUGUCUGGUUCAAGCAGUAACACAAAAAAGGGAAGCAGAAUUAUGAAGGUGUGUAGAAUGUUUGUGGCCUCCUUCCACUGCAGACACAGCAUCACUCCCCACGUCAGUAUCCCAGCCUGGUCCUGGCACUCAGUGUCUAAGCUUCUACUGCCUUUUCUUUCACUAGACCAUUUUUGUAAUAGCCUGCCCACAGUUACGUGCUUGUCAGUCUCUUGCCUCUAUAUUCUUCUCCCUGAUGGGCCAGUAGUUUGUGAAUUGCCGUAUCCUUCUAACAGUUCUUUUUACAUAACAUUACAAAAUUUAUAUGCUCAACUUUUCUCAAAAUCUCAAACAUUUCUGAAAUAUACCAAGCUCUCAAAAUCUCUUUUAUACUUCACUUCACAACUACAUCACUGCGGUGAUAUCCACCCUAAUCCUAGUCCCAGAAUGUUCAUCAAUAACCCACCAUCCCCACUAUUUCACUACCUGGUACUAGAAUUCCAGCUCCCCUGAAGGGCUCUAACCUCCUGCUUUUUAACUUGAAUCUUAGGAGUAUAAUCAACAAAGGUACAUGAUCUCCAAACCUACCUAUCUCAAUACUCUCCCAACAUUGCAGUACUUACUGAAACCUGUCUGAAACCUGAAAUUAAUAACAAUGAAAUUCUCCCUCCAGGUUACAACAUGCAUAGACGGUACAGAAAAAAACAAACCUGGUGGUGGAUUAGCCAUAAUGUAUAAACACAAUUUAAAACUAGAAACU